AUGGCUCCCAAGGCAGACGCUACUGCCAAGGCCAAGGCCAAGCCGAAGGCCAAGCCUGAUGCUCCGAAGGAGGAAGCCGCUGGACACAUCCCAGGGCCAGACAAAAAGGCCAUGGAAGAGAAAAUGGAUGCUAUCACGAAGCAGAUCGAUGCGCUGAAGGAGAAAAAGGAUAAGCUGAGCGAGAAGAUCAACUCUCGCUCGGGUGUCAAGGACGAGUUCUUCAGCAAGAAGAGCGAGAUCUCCGCCAAGAUCGCGGGCUUCAAAGAGAAGAUCGACGCUCUCCACGCCCAGAAGGACGAGCUGCAGAAGGGCGUGAUUGAGAAAAAGGGCGAGAAGACACAGAUGGUGCAGGAUGUCAAGAAGAUGAAAGCUGCCAUCGGCUACAAGAGUGAGGAGGAGAUGGACGAAAGGAUGCGCAAGAUCGAAUACCGCCUGCAGACGGAGACGAUCCCGCUGAAGGAGGAGAAGGAUCUCCUCAAAGAGAUUCAGGAGCUGAAGCGAAACCGCCCGAAGGUGGCCCAGGUCAACAAGAUGGAGGAAGGCCUGAACAACUUCGACGCUGGCGGCGGUGUCAAACAGACGCUGCAAACGAUCAACGAGCAGAUCCGGAACUGGAUGCAGGAGAAGUCCAAGGUGCUCGAGGAGAGAGACGCGCUCAACAAGGAGUACGAAGGCAAGCUGGGCGAUGACAAGGCCUACGAGGAGCGCAACGAGCUCAACCAGAAGAUCAAGGAGUUGCAGGAGGAGAGGAGCAAGAUCCGCGAAGAGUUCCGCGAGGAGGAGAGGAAGUUCCGGGAGCUGCUGAACAAGAAGAGGCAGGAGCAGCAGGAGAGGUACGCUGCGGAGCGCGAGGCGAGGCAGAAGGAGUGGGAGGAGCGGAGCCGCCAGAAGAAGGUGGAGAAGCUGGACGAGCAGCCCUUCGUGACCGAGAUCACGCUGAUCGAGCAGACCAUAAAGUUCUGCAAGAGUCUGACAGGCGUCAAGGAGGUGGAGAAGAAGGAGGAGACGAAGGACAUCGACCACAAGAACAUGGACGGCCUGCAGGUCCUGGGGAAGAAGGACGAGCGGGAUGAGUUCUGGUUCGAACCCACGAAAGGUAAGAAGAGUAAGGGUUCCAGGCCGAAGGGCAAAGAGGGCAGUGCCAAGCCGAUCAAGCAUAAUGCUGAGACCUUCAAGCUCUUUGACCAGCUCAAGCUCGACGCACCGAUCACGCUCGAUGACAUACCGCCAACGCUGGAAAAACUGGAGGCUGAACUGGUGAAGUACGAAGCUAAGGUCGCAGACUGGGAGAAGAACAAGGAAGAGCGCAAAGCCAAGAUCCUUGCGGGCGAGGACGUGGAAGAUGAGAAGGAUGGCAACGCGGAGACAAAGGAGCAGGAGGAAGAGAAGAAAGAAGAGAAGGAAGAAGAGUGA